CAGUGCACCAGGAUAUUCUACACACCAAAGUCAAGAGAGCACUUAUUUUGCUGUUGAUCAUCUAACUUACACUGAGUGACCAGCAAAAUAGCACAGAGACAAACACAUAAGAGGUUAAACGAUUUGCCAAGUUUAAACAGGAAAAAUGAGCAGCUGCAAUGUAAGUGAGACCACAAACGAUAGUGAGCACCAGGGUGUGGCUCGCACAACCGACAAAGAGGAUGGUAACGACAGUCAACAACCUUCUCCAAUAGCUCCCCAACCAGUCCAUGGGCAGGAUGAGGAGAAGAACGAUGUUGAACAAGUGGAGAAUCAACAGGUAUCGCAGAUGGAGGAAAAGAGGAAGAAGGAGGAGACAGCAAUGCCGUCCAGCCGGGACCUGCAACAGCAGCGCGAGAAUCUCAAGCGGCAGCGAAGACAGGUGGUGCCUACACCUACACACUUGCCAGCCACUGUGUCUGCCCAUAUGAACUUAACAACUACAGCCCCCCACAGUUCCAUUGGACUCAGUCAGACAGACCCUAACUCGGCCUCUGAGGGGAUGCCCACCACCAUAAGUGUCUGCUCUGUCUCCACACCAUCCAGUGAGGAAGAAGCAUAUCAACAAAAGGCCACUGAAAUGGAGAAGGCAUAUCUGCAACAAAAGUACACUGAACUGCAAGACGCAUAUAAUCAAAGGCGCAAUGAACUGGACACGGAAUAUCAACAAAAGUGCAUCGAACUGAGCAAAGCAUGUCAACAAAAUGAAGAAAGGAUCAAAAUUACAGAAGAAAAAUAUGAAAAACUUAAACAAGAAUACAAAGAGUUCCAGGCCAGAAUGGGAUCUUCCAUCUCUACUGAUAUACUACAACAUUCUGAAUUAUCUGAAAAUCUGAAUGACCCAUGCAGACAAUCUGAGCUUGCUUCAAAAUAUGAUGAACUGAAACUCAUGUGUCUACCCAAGAUCAUAACCUCACCACUGUUUGAGUCUAAUAUUGCCAGAGCACGUAUAGCCUCAUUGGUUAAGAACACAUAUGAAAAAGCACAGGAGGACAUGAAGACAAAAACAGAUGACAUAGAGCGUAUUUUCCUUGAUGAAGAGGGGGGAAGCAACAAACAUAUGAUGACAUACAGGGACAUAAAAGUGAAAAUGGUUAAUCUUCUGGCUUUGGCUUUGCUCCGCAGAGAAAACUCAGACUACAUGAGCAAAAUUAAGUUUUUAAUCAGUGAGCAGCCAGCAAUGUUGACCCCGUUCAUUGCCCGGUGGUAUAAGAUCAGCUGUUUGAUGUGUCUGCACACUCCCCAACUGGUACCCAGCUGGGACACAAGAAGCACUGCAGCCGAUCCAGAUAUGAAAAUCUUCCCACCUAUUGAAGAGUUGGACAAUGAUAUGGACUGUAGGUGAAGAGGACAAUACCAGUGGAAAACUGGCCAUCGUGGUGAAUGCAGACAAAAAAAUACUUUAUUACAAAUUCAAGCAUGAAAAAAAAAAACAUUGACUGAAGUCAUCCAAUUUACUUGUUACUUCUUACCUCUACAUCUAAUGUGCCAUCAUAUUUGAAAUAUUUAGGAUUUGCUACCUAGAGUUUUGGGUAGCAGUUUAGAAUAACUGGUAAUAAAUAAUAAAUGGUAAAUAGCCUAUACAAAUUCAGAAGGCAAGUAUUUAAAUGUUAACAAACAGUUACUUAAAAGUUAUUUAACAGCUAAUAUUCAUGUAGGCUGUAGUUAUUUAACAGAAUAGGAACAUAUGUUUCUCUGAUUACAAAACAUGACAUGAUAAUUAACAAAUAUGUACUGAUUAUUACUAAUCAUUUGUUUUGUACUAUAAAAUGUGACAUUUUAUAAUGUAUCAUCCCUUAGAAAUGGUCGAUUGUGAAUCAUUAAUGUUUAGUUAAGACUUUGGUAAUGGUUAAUAAUUCAUUUGAACACCAUCUAUAAGCCUUAUUUGGAUGACAGUGAAGAGAUGCUUUAAUAGGCAUACUGGCUGCAGCAGCACCACAUCAGAGACAUUUCUAGUGUGAUGCUCACAUGAAACGCAACACAACAGUUGAGAAACAGACACGCAAUGCACAUGCCACAGUGGCGGUAUAAAUCAAUAAAUGUUCCACUAUUGCCCCAUCAUUGGAGCAUUUUCAGCCAAAAGAGACAGAAAGUAGAAAUGUGAAAUAUAGCUACUCACCCCAAGACCAAACAAUUCCAAUCUCAUCUGCUUUUGGCCCCUUCUACCAGCACUGGCCUUGGCCAAGGCCGCUGCUGGAACAACAACUCCCCCAGAAGAACAAUGCAGUGAGACCCUCUUGUGUUCCUUCCCCCAGACACCUGCUGAUUGUUUACUCUGUCUGGGACCUGAUCAAGGUUGACUCAUUGACAAUUGCUGUGUUACUGCUAUGACACCAUGCUGUGUUAUCACUAUGUGUUAUCACUAUGACCCCCCCCCCCCCCGUGCCUGUUGCAAGUCAUGUGUUUUUUCUCAUGUUGUAAAGUGUGCUGAUUAUGAGCUUAUGUUGCUGUGGUGUUAUUUUCCUGCUCCCACACUAUACUCUCCACAAGAGCAUGCUGAGGCUUGCUCUUUUUCUCCUCCCCUCUCCUAUGCUGUAUUUUUCCUCUAUCGUGUCUACCCCCUUGUCAUAUUGUAUAUGUAUGGACAGGUUGGUGCUCAAUUUUGUUGUACUUAUGCAAUGACAAUAAAGAGUCUUAUCUA